AUGCCUAAACCACAUAAUUUUCGAGAAUUUUUCACAUUAGUUGACAAUCCAACUAAUAAAACAAAUGCAAAGGCAGUGUGUAAGUUUUGUAUACUUAAAAAUGGUAGAAUUCAAGUAGUAGCAUCAAAACCUG